UCUUUCUUUCUGUCAAAAACAUGGCAAAAAGGCAGUGACCAGCUCGGUAAGAAACGUUCCACAAAUUGGCAAAAAGAGAGAUUUUAAAAAUGAUUGAAAAAAAGAUUAUAUUCAUAAUUACAUUUUAAAGUUAUGUUACAGAAUUAUUAUAAUUGUAAGUACUCUUUCCAAGUCAUUUCCUUGUUUGUUUGUUUGUUUGUUUGUUUGUUUGUUUUAACGUCCUUUCUUUCUUUUUUUAACUUGUUCUUUUUUUAAUUUUCUCUUUUUACUUAUUUCUUGCUGAUAUUUUGGGUCAUUUUUUCUUUCACUGCUCAUUCCCUUCUCCUCAUGUUUGUAAAAGAAAUCAAGCCGAUUUCAAAGGUUUCAAAGGGUUAGAAAAGAUUUUUUUCUCAUAUUGUCUCCCUGAAUAUAGCUGUAAUCACCCUCUGUCUGAAGUGCUCUGUUUUUCUAUCUUUAAAGGCCAUUUCACUAGGAGUUACAUAUACAAAUACAAUUCUACGUCUCAUUUGAAAUUUGUCCAAAAAUAAACCGUUUACGCAACAAGACUGAAAAACAGAGGCUUUUUCAACUCCAGGAUUUCAUCUACAACUUUUAUCUUUCAAACAUCAAAGGUUACGUUUUAAAAAUCUAAUAAGUCAUUUCUGGUGGAGGCAGGGUCAUGGACUUUCCUCCAGUCACUCAGGGAGGAUCAAGGAAAAAUAUCUGGAGCUUCUGGGGGGUCAAUAUAAAUAACAAAAAACAAAAAAACAAAAUCAAAGCCCAGCCGCUCCUCUCCUCUGAUAAACUGAGAUUAGUCCCUUAUAUAAACAUGUCAAGUCAUAAUUUCUGAUGAACUGAGUCUGUUGGUGGUCUGGAUUAUAAAAACCUGCCUGAGUAAGCAGGUUGAUGAAGCUGUUUGUUUGACUCAUGUUUUUCCUCGGCACUUGAAGAAUAAUGAUGACAGACACUCUGACUGUACAGUCAAAUCAGUGUUGACAUGCCGUGACAGUAUGGAGCUGUAAGAUGAAGCAGCUGCUGCCAGGUUGUUGCAAAAAACAGCAUGCGGCCCGGAGGCGCUUUCACAUGAAUGUGAGACAAAAUUACAGUUUGUGUUGUGGUAGCCUGAAUGUUGUUUGCAAGCCUCGACACUGUGCCCUGGUUUAUGUAUGUGUGUGUGUGAGUGCUUGGGAGCGUGCGCCCUCCCGAGGUAAUUGUGCGUAUUCCUCCGCCAACUUCUCUGCGGUGCAGAAAACCACAGCGCGCGCGGCGGAGAGCAAAAUAAAAACAAUCCUAAUAAACUUAACGAACCAUUAAACACGUGUGUUUAGUUAAGGGGACGCAGAGCUGGCAACAAGGUGAGAUUUUACCUGGGUUGAGCAGGUGGCGAGACAAGCGGAGGACAAAUGAGGCAGUGACUGGCUGCUGGGGCGCACGUUCAGCUACAUCCUUUCGCGCACGCGUAACACACGCAUCCACAUGCACGCGUGCACACUUCCUCUCUGGCUCAUACAUAAAGGAGAGCAAACAGCUGAACUCUUUCGGGGGCAGACGGCAAAUAUGACAGGUAUGUGGGAUGCCGCGCUCCAUCCAAGCGGAGCCCGCUGCGCGCUUUUACGCACGGUGGCACGUCCGAGCUCAUCCAAAACGACCCCGAGCCUUCCUGAGUUUAUCCUGAUCCUAUUAGUGAUGUUGCUCGUCCCGGUCCAGCCAGCAUCAGCUCAUCCUCAGUGUCUGGACUUCGCGCCACCUUUCAAACCGUCAUGGCACCUGGAGUUUUGUACGCAGUACGAAGAGUUUGGCUGCUGCGACCAGAAGACAGACAACAUGAUAGCGGAGAGAUACUGGGACAUUAUUGACCAGCUGGAAACGGCGGGUCAUGAGCUCUGUGCAGACAUGUUGAAGGAAAUCAUGUGUCAGGAGUGCUCUCCAUAUGCCGCCCACCUCUAUGAUGCUGAGGACCCGUACACACCUGUCAGAGAGCUACCUGGCCUUUGCUUUGGCUACUGCUCCGAGUUUCAUGGCAAAUGUCGCCACGUGGUUAAAUAUUUAACAGAGAACCAGCUGCUGCGGGACACCUCUGAGCGAGAUGUGGCCACGUUCUGCAGCGUGGUCGACCUGUCCGACCAGGACUACUGCUACCCCAACGUUCUGAAGAGCUCCGACCUAAACAGUAACCUGGGACAGGUGUCGGAGGACCCCAGAGGGUGUCUCCAGGUGUGCCUGACAGAGGUGGCCAACAACCUCAGGAACCCCGUGUUGAUGCUUCACAGCGGCGACGGCACACAUCGCAUGUUCAUCGCCGAGCAGGUGGGCUUCGUGUGGGUUUACCUGCGUGACGGCAGCCGGCUGGAGCAACCCUUCCUGGACAUGAGCGGGGAGGUGAUGACCACACCCUGGCUGGGGGAUGAGAGGGGCUUUCUGGGUAUGGCCUUCCACCCACAGUACCGGGACAACGGACGCUUCUUCAUCUACUACUCGAUCCAGGUCAACAGCAUGCUGGAGAAAAUCAGAGUCAGUGAGAUGAAGGUGUCCGCCCACGAUAUGAACUUGGCUGAUCUGUACUCAGAGAGGGUCAUUCUGGAGAUCGAGGAGCCAGCUGCAAACCACAACGGAGGUCAGCUGCUGUUUGGUCUCGAUGGAUAUUUGUACAUCUUUACUGGUGAUGGUGGAAAAGCUGGAGAUCCAUUUGGGAAGUACGGCAACGCACAAAACAAGAGUGCUCUGUUGGGGAAAGUACUCCGCAUCGAUGUAGAUGGAAGUGACUUCAGUGGGAAGCAGUACAGAAUCCCCCCCGAUAACCCAUUCCUCCGUGACCCAGAAGCCCGACCAGAGGUGUACGCAUAUGGGGUCAGAAACAUGUGGCGAUGCUCUGUGGACCGCGGAGACCCGGUCAGCCGCUACGGCAGGGGCCGGAUGUUCUGUGGAGACGUGGGUCAAAACCGCUAUGAGGAAAUUGACAUUAUUGUGAAGGGAGGAAACUAUGGAUGGAGAGCCAAGGAGGGCUUUGAGUGCUUUGAUAUGAAACUGUGCCACAACUCCUCCCUAAAUGACAUCCUCCCUAUAUUUGCAUACAGCCAUCAUGUUGGGAAGUCUGUGACGGGGGGAUAUGUGUACAGAGGAUGCGAAUCACCCAAUCUGAACGGCCUGUACAUUUUUGGAGACUUCAUGAGUGGACGUAUCAUGGCGUUAGAGGAAGAAAGGACAACAGGAAGCUGGAGGGAGAGGAGCGUGUGCAUGGGGGAAACAAAGACGUGCUCAUUUCCUGGACUCAUCAACCAUCACCACAAGUUCAUCAUCUCAUUUGCUGAGGAUGAAGCAGGGGAACUAUAUUUUUUGGCGACUGCGUACCCCAGUGCCACGUCUCCUUUUGGAACUGUUUUCAAAUUCAUGGACCCCUCCAGGAGAGCACCUCCAGGGAAAUGUAAGCAGAAGCCGCUGCCUGUCAAAGUUAGGGGGAAAAAGCUCCCCUUUGUGCCAAGAGAACUGACUGUGCUGGACACAAAUGAAAAGCCGACAAGACCACCACCAAGAAAAUUCAAACUCACCACCAAACCUACGCUGACGAGGAGCCACGACAAACCUACAACGACUGCAGCCAGCGAGAUGACAACGACGACGGCAACGACAACGAGAGCUGCUGUGAAGCCGAAAUGGAAAUCACCUGAUAAGAAAGCGAAGAAGACAAAUAAGUUGAAACCAUGGAAGAAGAAGAAAGUGCUGAAGAAGCAGCCAACUAAUGCACAAACGAAGAAGAAUUCUUUGAAACAGAAACCAAAGGAACAAUCCAAAAAGACCACCGUGACGAAGCCUGUCAGAGACAAAGUAAAACCAAAGAUCAAACAAACUGAAUCAGCUGAUUUAAAAAGUAACGCUCUUAAAAGCAACAGCCUGAAAGACAACACAGUCGACAAGAGGAAAGCUGCACUGAAGCCGAUCGGACACCAGAAAAACAGCACGAACUUUAAAGAAUCUGCAAAACAAAAUCUCAACUUCAUGAACAAAACGAAGACGAACAUGAACGUGAAGACAAACAGAACAAUGCAAAACAAACUUCAGGUCAAAAGGAAGCAAACGAAAAAUACCAGAGCACUUUAAAAUAUAUCUUUUUGUUUGACUGAAUCAUUUUUUGUAUAUUUUGUUUGUGAAACAGUCAGUGUUGAACGUCAUGUUUUAAAGGAACUGUAAGACAUUUGGGGAAAUGUGCUUAUUUGCUUUUUUGAGUUAGAUGACAAGAUUCUUUCAUGAAGCAGCAGGUUAGCUUAGCACAAAGACAGCUAACGUGACUGUCCUAAAGGAACAAAAACACCUAUCAGCACCUUUAUAGCUCGCUGAAUAACACAUUAUAAUCUAGUUUAUUUAAAGGAAUACUUCACCCACCAAAAGAUCAUUUGUCUGUAUCAAUGUUGACCCUGUACUAUAUCAAAUUCAUGAAGAAAUCUUCCUCACAUGCCUCCACAGUCGAUGAAGAAUCAAAAAACAGAACAAUCUUGAUGAAUUGAUAUGUACUGAAUAUAAGGCUGGAUAAAUGA